GUGUCUCGCUUUCGGUGAAUUCUCUCUUUCUUUUCUUCCCCAUUUUCUGCAAUUAUUUUAUUAUUAUUUUCGUUUUCUUUUUGCCGGGAGAUUUUUUUAAUCAGAUUUCUUUCCAAAGAUUGUAGUUUUUGUUUUUUCAAUAAAUAAUAAUUAUUAUUCUAUUGAUUUCAGAUUUUUUCUUUAUCUAUUGAGCGUUAACUAGAAAUUGUGAAUUGCAAUCUGGAGAAUUAGAUUCUUUUAGGAUAGGUUAAUCAACAAGUUCCACAGACGUCAUUUGUUACUGUCUCUUCGAACCUCCCCCGUCCAACACACCCACCUCCACCGAAUAUUUUUUUUUUUUUCGUAUAAAUGCACUGGUAAUACUACAAUUUUUUUUUUUUUUGUUGCUUAUUUAUCAAAUACUAUAGAAAAUAGGUAAGAAAAUCACUUAUUCCUAAAAAAAAAUCAAUUUUUAGGAAUACAUUUUUCGUGAAAAUUAUUUUUAUUCAUACCAAACACACCCUUAGUUGAAAGUGCUUUAUGUGUAUUCAAUAAAAGAUUAGUUGAGAUUUGUAAUGCCUAGAUAUUUUCUAAGUUCUGGGAGCUGCUUGAGUUGGUGAAAAGAAGAAGUGAAGCAUGCGUUUUGCACAUUAUGAAGAUCAAAGAAGAGCCCGUUAGAUCAAUAACGUUUAUGUCUGUUUGUAAUGGAUUUCUGUUUCUGGUGUCAUGUGAUUAGAUAUCAUCUAUAAUUAUAUUUGAAGAUAGCUUAGGAAGAAAAAAGGACAUGCCUUUGUUAACUAAAGAUUACAGUAAAUAUUUUAUCAUCUUUGUCCGUUUAUUGAGUAUGAGGGUGAAAGAUAAUCAUGCAUAGAAUCAGAUCAUUUUUUAAUUGUAAAGGGAUGAAGAGAACUAUAAAUCCAAUCCCUCAAAUUGCAGACAUUGUUGAAGAGUUUGCGAUGUUUUAAAUAUUUUUCAGGCGCUUUCAGGAUUGAAGAUAUAUACUUGUUUAUAACUUCGUUACUUUACACCUGUAGCUUAUUUUAUACACUAUGACGGGCAAUACGAAAUUGUGUCUACAAUAGUUUUAUUAUAGAGGAGUAUCAUUGCGGGGAUCUAUGUUCAUUUGUCGCCAAUUACUCCUGGAUGUUGGGAAAUGUGAAUUGAUGGUUGAAAUCAUAGGAGGUUAUUAAGCCAAUGUUGUUUUCAUCUCAAAGUGUCUGGGUUUGGCUCUUGAUUUUAGAUGCUAAAUUGUGUAAUUACUCCCCUAAAGAAGGAUGGAGACUAAAGGUGUGAAGAAAUUCAAAUGAUUCGGAGUUAACUACAUUAACUGAUCUUCCUUUGCACGUGUGGAGAAAAUGAGGUAACCUAGAUGAAAGAUAUAGAAUAUGGUGGAUUCCUAGCAGUAAACGUCAAUUAUCUGUGAGCUUGUUAAAAACAAUUCAUGUGGGAGGUGAAAAUUUUGGAGGAUGGCUAGGAAAACAAAUCUGGGACACUAAGGUAGCCUGUUUCAUAUGGUUAGCAGCCCGUCAAUCUUGUUUAACACACAAGGAUUCGAUUAAUGGUUGUUACUGUGUUGCUGGAUUGAUCUAGAGAAGUCUGAUCCAGAUGGAUAAUUUACCAGCUGAAUUAGUUCUGGACAUUUUGGGAAGGAUUAAAAGAACUGCUGACAGAAACUCUGUAUCCCUAACUUGCAAACGCUUAUACAAAUUGGAUAAUGGGCUGAGAAUAUAUAUGCGCGUGGGGUGUGGUUUACAUCCCGUCUGUGAUGCAUUAACUGCUCUAUGCAACAGAUUCCAUAACUUAGAGAAAGUGGAAAUUAUUUACUCUGGUUGGAUGUCCAAGUUAGGGAAGCAGUUGGAUGAUAACGGUCUUCUCAUCCUUUCAAGUUGUUGCCCUCUGCUCAAGGACCUCACAUUAAGUUAUUGUACUUUCAUAACAGAUGCUGGUCUUAGUUACUUGGCUUCUUGUUCGGGGCUUACAUCCUUGAAGUUGAAAUUUGCUCCCAGAAUUACUGGUUGUGGCAUCUAUUCUCUUGUUGUGGGCUGCAAAGCCCUGAGUGUGCUUCACCUGAUUAGAUGUCUUAGUGUCAGUAGUAUGGAGUGGCUAGAAUAUCUUGGAAAACACGAAAUGCUUGAAGAUCUCUGCAUCAAGAACUGUAGGGUGAUUGGUGAAGGUGAUUUGAUUAAGCUUGGACCUACAUGGAGAAAAUUGAAGAGACUGCAAUUUGAGGUUGAUGCUAACUACCGGUACAUGAAGCUUUAUGACCGUUUGGCAGUUGACCGGUGGCAAAAGCAAUCAAUCCCAUGUGAGGACAUGCUUGAACUUAGCUUAGUGAACUGUGUUAUCAGCCCCGGGAGAGGGCUUGCAUGCGUAAUAGGGAAGUGCAAGAAUUUGGAAAAGAUUCACUUAGACAUGUGUGUUGGGGUAAGGGACUCUGACAUAGUAUGUUUGGCCCAGAAAUCAAGCAGCCUUCGAUCAAUUUCUCUCCGAGUUCCAUCAGACUUCUCCCUUCCUCUGCUACAAAACAAUCCAUUGCGGUUAACAGAUGAAAGUCUAAAGGCAGUGGCUCAGAACUGCUCUCUGCUUGAUACAGUUAGGUUGUCUUUCUCUGACGGGGAGUUCCCUUCAUUUUCUUCCUUUACAUUGAAUGGAAUACUUAUGUUGAUACAAAUGUGUCCAAUAAGAGAACUUGUUCUUGACCACGUGUGUUCUUUUAAUGAUGUUGGGAUGCAAGCUCUUUGUUCAGCACAAUAUCUCCAAAUCUUGGAACUUGUCAGGUGCCAUGAAAUCACAGAUGACGGCAUGCAGCUUGCUGGUCAAAUUCCUCAAUUAUGUACAUUACGUUUGAAUAAGUGUUUGGGAGUGACCGAUGAUGGGUUUAAACCUCUCAUCGAGUCUUACAAGUUAGACUUGUUGGUUGUGGAAGAUUGUCCGCAGAUAUCAGAAAGGGGUGUUCAAGGAGCUGCAAAAUCUGUCACCUUCAAGCAAGAUUUGUCAUGGCUGUACUAAACUUUCCCAUUUACGAUUGUAUUUUUCCAGAUGUUGUACAGGUUAGGUUCUGUCUAUUCGACUUUGUGUACAGUCAUUUUGUUUCAUAACAUUCUGUAAUCUGCAACACGGAGUCCCCUUUGUCUGCACGUUGCAUAAUAAAGUUUAAUUUGAGUGUC